AUGAAUUCCUUCAAUAAGUUUCUUGCUGUUACGCAGUUUUCUCCUACUCACGCCAGAAAAGCCUUUCCUUGCUUUGAUGAGCCCAUCUACAAGGCCACUUUCAAAAUCAGUAUCAGACAUCAAGCAACUUACUUGUCUUUGUCCAACAUGCCAGUUGAAACUUCUGUUUUUGAAGAAGAUGGAUGGGUUACAGAUCACUUUUCACAGACCCCUCUUAUGUCCACGUAUUACCUAGCUUGGGCAGUGUGCAAUUUUACAUACCGGGAAACUGUCACCAAGAGUGGAGUAGUUGUACGGUUGUAUGCAAGGCCUGAUGCAAUCAGAAGAGGAUCGGGGGACUAUGCUCUAAAUAUUACAAGGAGUCUCAUUGAGUUUUAUGAAGAUUAUUUUAAAGUGCCCUACUCCCUGCCAAAAUUAGAUCUGUUAGCUGUGCCUAAGCAUCCAUAUGCUGCUAUGGAGAACUGGGGACUGAGUGUUUUUGUGGAGCAAAGGAUACUGCUAGAUCCAAGCAUUUCUUCUAUAUUAUACCUACUGGAUGUCACCAUGGUCAUUGUACAUGAGCUAUGUCAUCAGUGGUUUGGUGACCUUGUGACUCCAGUUUGGUGGGAGGAUGUGUGGUUGAAAGAAGGUUUUGCUCACUAUUUUGAAUUUGUUGGGACAGACUACCUCUACCCAGGGUGGAACAUGGAAAAGCAGAGAUUUCUGACAGAUGUCCUACAUGAAGUGAUGUUGCUGGAUGGGUUGGCCAGUUCACAUCCAGUAUCCCAGGAGGUGCAGCAAGCCACAGACAUUGACAGGGUGUUUGACUGGAUUGCCUAUAAAAAGGGUGCAGCUCUAAUUAGAAUGUUGGCUAACUUUAUGGGUCACUCUGUGUUUCAGAUGGGCUUACAAGACUAUUUAACCAUUCACAAGUAUGGCAAUGCAGCCAGAAAUGAUCUCUGGAACACAUUGUCAAAGGCUUUAAAAAGGGUUGGAAAAUCGGUAAAUAUCCAAGAAGUAAUGGAUCAAUGGACACUACAGAUGGGUUAUCCUGUUAUCACUAUCUUGGGAAAUGAAACUACAGACAUCAUAGUCAUCUCCCAAGAGCGUUUUGUUUAUGAUAGUGAUGCUAAACCCAAGGAUCCUUCUCGUGGAGACAACAGCUACUUGUGGCAGAUUCCAUUAACAAUUGCAGUAGGAAAUACGAGCCACAUCUCAUCAGAGGCAAUUAUAUGGGUGUCUAACAAAUCAGAACACCACAGAAUUCCUGCUUUUGAAGAGGCAGGUUGGUUGCUGGGGAACAUCAAUCAGACUGGCUACUUUAGAGUUAAUUAUGAUAUUAGGAAUUGGAGACUGCUAAUUAAUCAGCUAACAAGGAACCAUGAGGUUAUCUCUGUCAGUAAUCGAGCAGGCUUAAUCGAUGAUGCAUUCAAUCUAGCCAGAGCUGGUUAUUUGCCUCAGAAUAUUCCUUUGGAGAUUAUCAGAUACCUUUCAGAGGAAAAAGAUUUUCUGCCUUGGCAUGCUGCCAGCCGAGCUCUUUAUCCUCUAGAUAAAUUGCUGGACCGCACAGAAAACUACAACAUCUUCAAUGAGUAUAUUUUAAGACAAGUUGCAUCAAUGUAUCUGAAGCUUGGAUGGCCAAUGAACAAUUUAAACAAAUCACUUGUUCAAGCAUCCUACCAACAUGAAGAGUUGCGUCGGGAAGUCAUCAUGUUGGCCUGCAGCUUUGGUAACAAACACUGUCACCAGCAGGCUGCAACAUUAAUCUCGGAUUGGAUUUCUAGCAAUAGGAACCGAAUCCCACUCAAUGUGAGAGACAUUGUCUACUGUACCGGAGUUUCACUGAUGGAUGAAGAUGUAUGGGAGUUCAUUUGGAUGAAAUUUCAUUCCACCACAGCAGUGUCUGAGAAGAAAAUAUUAUUGGAAGCCUUAACUUGCAGUGAUGACAGAAACUUGCUCAACAGACUUUUGAAUUUGUCUCUCAACUCAGAAGUUGUCCUGGAUCAGGAUGCAAUUGAUGUGAUAAUCCACGUAGCUCGAAAUCCACAUGGAAGGGAUCUUGCUUGGAAAUUUUUCAGAGAAAAAUGGAAAAUACUGAAUGCUAGGUAUGGAGAAGCAUUAUUUAUGAAUUCAAAGCUUGUCAGUGGGGUCACAGAAUUCCUCAAUACUGAAGGAGAACUAAGAGAGCUAAAGAACUUUAUAAAGAGUUAUGAAGGGGGAGCUGCUGUCUCUUUCUCUCGCGCCGUGGAAACUGUAGAAGCCAAUGUGCGGUGGCAAAGGCUUUAUAAGGAAGAACUAUUCCACUGGCUAAGAAAAUCCUUGACACACUAAUCUGUCUUUUCAGCCGACCAUUUAACAUGACACACUGCAAGAAAAAGAGGAGACAUUUUAGAAGUGUUCAACAUGAAAAUCAGCAAGACAAGAUCAGAUUGCAGGGAUAAGGGAUUUUUUCUUUUUUCAUUGUGGUUUUUAUUUUUACACUGAGCUCUUGUGAAAUUGUCAAGAAGAUUUUCAGCAGACAAGAUCAUGAAUGUUUGUGAAAUCUAGUCCUCAAUGUACAGAACCAAACAUGGUAUUAAGUGAUGCAUGUAAAUGUUGAAGAAAAACAAACAAAAAAUCCUUCAUAGACUAUUUUGUGCAUGCUUGUACUGUCUCUGCCUGUAUUUUAGCAUGCUUAUGUAAACAGCCACAUUUUAUAUGUGAGUUCCAGUUACAACAAAGUUGGGCAUUAUACAAAGCACAAA